AUGGCAGCUGUAUCAGGCCUGGACAUGUCCAUGCUGACAUACACUGCUCGACUGGCCACCUUCAAUACCGAACAUCAACUCACAAAGAGACGCGCUUCGAGUCAAAAGAAGAAGCAACCUUCGGCCGUGUCAUGGCCCCACGAGGCACCUUCGGGUGAAGAGCUUGCUCGCGCUGGCUUCUUCUUCAAACCUGCACCCGACAGCGACGACAACGCCCAAUGUUUCCACUGCGCCGUGAAACUCGACGGAUGGGAAAGCCAGGAUGUCCCCCUCCAAGAGCAUCUGGCCCACUCAGCGCACUGCUCGUACGCCCUCAGUCUUUCCGUAUCUGACAAAGCCGAGGAACGCGACCCCAUGUGCCCCGAACUGAAAGAUGCCCGCACAAGCACAUUUGGAGACAUGUGGCCGCACGAACACAAAAAGGGAUGGAAGCCCAAGGUCAAACAAAUGGUUGAGGCCGGUUGGACGUUCGACCCUUCACCUGCAGACGAGGAUGGUGCCACUUGCUUCUACUGCAACAUGUCAUUGGACGGAUGGGAGCCUAAGGACAGCCCGCUCGAGGAACACCGUCGCAGAGAGCCGAACUGCCUCUUCUUUGCCCUGAUGGACCGUUACAAGUCUACAAGACGUAAAGGUGGGCGCGGUCGUGCUUCCACUGCCUCAAAAGCCUCCCGCCUGUCCACUCAAUCCGUACAAUCGACCUUCUCUGAGGCUCCAUCGCUAAUGUCCUUGGGUGACGCAGGUCCUCAACUUGACGUCGAAGACAGCAUCGCACUUGAUACCACAAUCUCGUCCGAUGCUGGCAAAGGCCGCAAGAAGACGACCAAAGCGAAGAAGAAGACCAGCCGUCAGGCCUCCGUAGAGCCUUCUGUCCAAUACCCGACCUUACAAGACGCUCCGCAAGCCGAAGACGACAUCUACGAAGUCCCCAUCGACGAUGAACCCAUGUCUGUCAUCGAACAACCCAAGCCCAAACGUGGUCGUAAGGCAAAGAACGCCCAAGACUCAACCAUCAUCGAUGACUCCAUUGCGGAGCCUGCACAAAAGCCUACUAGGGGCCGCAAAAAGGCAAAAGAGCCAUCACCACCACCCGUCGAGACCAGUCUGGAUGAGAGCCAGUUGCAAGCCGAAUUGCAGGAAGCAGCAGAAGACGCUGUUGUUGCAGAGAGCCCCCCAACCAAAUCCGGAAGAGGUGUCAAGAGAACGACCGAUGGAGUCGAGAAAGCUCCGUUUGUCGAAGACGAGAUUCUCGACGAGCAACCGACGAAAGCCAAGAAGGCCGCGAAGUCCAUCAAAGCAAAGAAGACCAAGAAGGCAGUCAAAGAUACCCAGGACGAAGUAGAAGAUUCCAUCGCAGUUACACAACCGGAAGUCAAGCCAAAGCGAACACGAUCUAAGAAGACCAAGAAGGCUGAGUCUGAGCCCGACUUUGAAGCAGAAUCAGGAGCAGUUGCUGAGUCGGCGAUCGAGGUACAGACAGAAUCGAUCAUCCCUGUUGAGAUCGAGAAAGAGCAGGAACCUGAAGAGGAGGCGUUCGAGAGAAACUUCGAGAUCGCCGACAGUAACGCCGGACUCGACAAUCAAGUGCAAGCUGAAGCACAACAGCAGCUAGAAGAGGAGGAUUUUGACCAUGAGAACCUCGAGCCACCUACAGACGCCGAGGAAAACCACACACUCGAUCAUCACGAACAACAAGACGAAGAUGUUUUGGACGAAGAAUUCAACAACCUUGAGAACGAGAAUGCUGAAGAAGCAGUCGCAGACGACAAUGCGGCCAACGAGGUCGACGAAGAAGAAGAGGAACAGCCGGCUUCUAUAGUCCCAACACCCGCCGCAGAAGAGUUCGAGCCCACGCCAACACCCGAUGUCAAGCGCCACUCUGCAGUCUCAAUGUCCUCUGUGCAAAGAUCUGUUAUACAGCGGGCCACUUCAGAAGAAGCUGAAGAAUCAGCUCACUCGACACCGCGCAGUGCAAGGAGCCCACAACAAUCAGAUGCUGAGAAUCAACCACCAUCUUCAACCCAUGCUCCGCCUACAGCGCAGAAGGCUACUCCUGCAUUGAGUGCAAUGAAAUCUGCUAUCCAGCCCAGGGAGAUCUUUGCGAGCCCCACCAAGACUACUAGAGUUCCUCUGGCUGCAUCCACGCCCAACCGCUCUCCCAGACGACCGCCCUCCAAGUUCGACAGACUUACUUCGACGACCGCGUGGGAACCAGUUGAUCUAGAAUCGGUCUUUUUUCCUGACUCAGAGAACGAGGCUGGAGAUGCGGAUGAUGUGUUCAACAAGUUGCUCGAGGUUGGUGGUGCACUCACAUCACAAGAGAAGAAAAUGACCGUUGAGGAAUGGAUCCGAUCACGAGCAGAGUUGGGAGAGCUCAAGCUCAAGAACGAGUGUGAGCGUAUGGUGAUGCUCUUUGAGAAGGAGGGUAACAGAGGUCUGGCAGCCUUGAGUGGCAUUCAGACUUCAUCAUGA